AUGUUUCUGAUAGUUAUUUCAUUUCUUCUGAGCGCCCUGGGCAUCUAUAUUUGGCUUUUUUACGAGAAUGUGAAACGCUAUCCGAAAGGACCAACACCAAUUCCAUUUCUCGGAAAUUUACUCUCGGUAGAAUUUCGAAAGCUACACGAAAAUCUUUCCGAAUACUCGAAGGUAUACGGUAAUGUGUUCACAGUAUGGCUUCCAUUACCGUAUGUGGUCAUCACAGAUUAUGACCUCAUCAAGGAAGCAUUUGCUAAGAAAGGUGAUGAUUUUGCCGGAAGAACUAACGCUUUUCCCGACACGCUUUUCCAAAAUGUCGAGAAUGGAGGAGUCAUUUUUUCACAGGGCGAUAAUUGGAAGGAACAACGUCGAACUUCGAUACAAAUUUUGCGAGAUUUUGGCAUGGGAAAAAAUUUGAUGGAAGAACAGGUUCUCCUUUCCGCGCAAGAUUUUCUCGCGCAUAUGAAUUCGAUCAAAAACAAGGAAGCAAUGGAUCUCCGACAUCCAAUACAGGUUUUCAUCGCAAAUGUCAUCAAUAAAACGCUAUACGGAUUCAGCUAUGAUUAUGACAAGAGUGAUCGUCUGAUGGCAGUUGCUGAUCAGUUUAAUGCAAUUUUUGAAGCUGGAAAGGAAAAUAAGCUGAUAAUGCUCCCUCAAAUGUUUCCUUUCGUACACAAAUUACCAGUAAUUGGAUAUGCUAUCAAAGGGAGAAUAGAGGAUAUGAUGUCGAAGGUGAAGGAAAUCAUCAAACAGGAUGUUCAACGCAGUUUGAAGAACUACAACCCAGAUGACGAGCCAGAGUGUUUGGCACAAGCAUACUAUAAGAAAAUGCAGACAAAUAAAAACCUAAACUAUGAAAACCUUCUCAAUGUAUGCAUGGAUUUCUUUCUAGCUGGUAUGGAAACUACUACUACAACACUUAGAUGGGGCUCAUUAUACAUGGCUACGAAUCAGUCGGUCCAGGACAAAGUUCGCCAGGAAAUCAUGUCAGUUCUCGGACCAGACCGAAAACCCACUGCUGAUUUCCGAAACCGAAUGCCAUACACUAUUGCAACUAUUUACGAGAUUCAAAGAUGUGCCAACAUUGUUUCCUUAAAUGUCUUUCACCGUACUACUAAAGACACCAGCGUUGGCAGCGUUCCAAUUCCUGCAAACACCUUCGUGAUUGGCCAUAUUAACCAUGUCAUGGCUCACUCUCCAGUCUACAAUGAUGCUGAGAGAUUUCGACCGGAAAGAUUUCUGAUGGAUGAUGGGACCACAUUUAACAAAGAGGCAACGGAACAACUGUGCCCAUUUUCUAUUGGAAAAAGGCAGUGUGCAGGAGAAGCUCUGGCAAUGGUGGAACUUUUUGUUGGUUUCGUCACUUUACUCCAACAUUUCAAGAUUGAACCUACGAAGGAAAGACCCGUCGAUUUGGAACCGAUCUAUGUUGGCAUACUUCUUCCAAAGCCGCAACCGCUUCGAAUCACACCAGUUCAAUAG